CAGGCUGUAUGUGUGUCCGCGGGCUCCUCCAUGGUCUGCUUCUCCUCUGUCUGCUGUUCAGUGGUGUCGGCGGGUUCUGGACCAGCAGCGGCCCGAGAUGGAGACGCUCCGACACUCGCUCUGCCAGUCCGUCAGUAGAUGGUGGUCUGCUCCUGCUUUUCCUGCCGUAGCUGGAGUUCCUCCUCCCUACAUUUCCUCACCCUCCAAACCCUGUGCUCCUGACAGAGCAGGCUGCAGUGUGUUCCCUCAGUCUUCAGUGGACAGUGGUGUGUGUGUGUCUGCGCUGGACGCUGACUCGGUUCCUCUGGACUCUCAUUAUAAGCUGCAGGAUCUGACGGAUGUUCAGGUGAUGGCCAGACUGCAGGAGGAGAGUGAGUGAGCACACACACACACAAACACACACACACACACACACACACACACACACACACACACACACACACACAACUACUCUAAACCAACACACUGAU